AUGGAACUUAUUCAAAUGUAUUCAAUGUCAAAUAAUGGUUUAUACAUUUUUACUAAAAACAACAAAAAUGUAUAUUCACUUAAUCGAAUUGAAUCAAUUCGUCAUAAUUGUUCUCCAAUAAUAUUAUUUGAAAAACUUCCAUGUUUAUCAACAAAUAUUUCAUUUGGUAAUAAAGAUGAAUUCGGUAUAUUUAUAAAUGCGGAUGGAACAAUUAUUUAUAUAUUAAAUAUAAAAACAAAUCAAUUAAAAACUCAUGCAAUAACAAAACAAAAUUUAUCUUAUCAUGAUAAAAUAACAUGUUCACAAAUUCAUCCAAAUGAAGAAUGUCUUGCUUUAGGAACACAAUCUGAAUCAACAGUAUCAUAUUUACAUUGGCAUUCAUUACCUGUUUUAUGUUUAUCAUUUUCAACUGAUGGUUCAUAUUUAUUAUCCGGCGGACAUGAAUGUGUUCUUGUUAAAUGGUUAUUUAGAAAAAGUGAACCAACAUUUCGACCAAGACUUGGUGCACCAAUAAUUUAUGUUACUUCAUCAAAUGAUCAAACAUUUUAUGUAUGUACUCAUUCAGAUAAUACUCUUCAUUUAAUUGGAAGUAAUUUAUCAAUUCAACGAACAAUUGGAGGAAUUAAUCAUAUAUUUCUUCCACAACAAGCUUCAUUACCAGCCGGUAUUCAUGCAUUUAAUUGUCAACAAGCUCUUGUUAUGAAUAGGGGAAAACCAGAUUAUCUUCAAUUUACGUCAAGUGAUAAUGGAAAAUUACUUUAUAAUUUGGAUAUUAUUGGAGAAAAUUAUGUAUCACAAAAUGAAAUAGCUGAACAAUGUAUUUUUACAGAUAUUAAACGUUUAGCUAUUGAUCCAUCAGGUUUAUUUUUAAUAUUUAUUAAAAAAUAA